UAUAUUGAUAUUGCCGCAGAGACAUUUUACAUUGUUAUUAUUUCAUCGGAAAGCUCACACACGACAGUCCCACCCACCCCUCCUUGACUGAAAACAAAAAAAAAAAAAACAACGACGUCUGUUAUUUUGCUCUUUGACCUUAAUGUUGUCCGACAAGUGACGGGACAAGAGCUCCUUAUAACCGACAGGACAAUGUCUCGGGCUGCGGAGAGGCUCCGGCUGACGAUCGGUCAUCUCGAUCGCCCGCCCGCGGUGGUCGCGCCUGCUCAAACUUCCACCCUUUACACUCGCCAACUAAGAUACACGCUCGAUAAUGACCUAUUGACGCCGGAAGAGAGGCUCCUCUAUGAGCAAAACGGAUUCUUUGUUGUCAGGAAUCUGGUGGCCGAUGAGGACGUCGACUUGUUCAGAAAGGAGUUUGAACGCAUUUGUCAACAGAAAGUCAUCGUUCCCGGUCUGAUAGUGAUGAGAGACGUCGCCGUCGCUAAGUCCGAGUUUGUUCCGGAUCAGAAAGCCGUCACCAAACUCCAAGACUUCCAGGAGGAUCCUGAACUCUUCCGGUACUGCGCCUUAGCACAGAUCCUGAAGUAUGUCGAGUGUUUCACUGGACCGAACAUUAUGGCGAUGCACACCAUGCUCAUCAACAAGCCUCCCGACGCAGGAAAGAAAACGUCCCGCCACCCGAUGCAUCAGGAUCUGCAUUACUUCCCGUUCCGGCCGGCUGACCAGAUCGUCUGCGCCUGGACGGCGCUGGAGCGGGUGGACAGGCGGAACGGCUGCCUGGUGGUCCUGCCGGGAACGCACACGGGCGCGCUCGAGGAGCACGACUACCCAAAGUGGGAGGGUGGGGUGAACAGGAUGUACCACGGAGUGCGCGACUACGACCCAGAAUAUCCCAGGGUGCACCUGGAGAUGGAGAAGGGGGACACCGUCUUCUUCCACCCGUUGCUCAUCCACGGUUCGGGAAUGAAUCAGACGCAAGGAUUCCGGAAGGCUAUCUCCUGCCACUAUGCCAGUUCCGACUGCUACUACAUCGACGUGAAGGGAACCACGCAGGAAAACAUUGAGAACGAGGUGAAGGAGCUCACAUCCAAGAAGUACCCCGAGUGUACCGAUAUCACCUUCCAGGACACGUGGGCUUUCCGAGGCCGCCUGGUGCGGGGAGACAGACGCGCGCUCUAAGACGAGCUACGGAAGACGACUGAGGAAAAUUGGGA